AUGGUCGCUCGCUAUACGAAAAUCGAAGGCUGGCCUGAGAGCCCUCGAAGUCUAAAAUCUGGGAAAUCCCGGCCCUGGCAGAUCUCAGUCAAUGCUUUCUAUGUUUCUCUAACUUGUGUCUUUUUUGUCUAUGCGGGCUUCGUGGCUCACAGCGAUCAGUCACCGAAAACUACCCUCGUUCAAACCCUAGAUGCUGCAUCUCGUUAUGGCCCUACAAUUUUCCCAGUUCUAUAUACUUUCAUCGUAGGAAGCGCCAUACGCUCGUUCGCUCUUUGGAGAUUACAAGAAGGUUCAAAGAUCGGUUUCUUGGAUCUAAUCCUAGGUAGCACAUCGUUAGGAAAUACAGUAGCGACACAAUUUGAGCUCCAGUUCAGGCAUCUUAUAGUCCUAAGCACGUGUAUUCUCGGAAUAUGGUCAUUUUCACCUCUUGGUGGACAAGCCACUUUGAGAAUCAUAGAAUAUAAGGACAUCCCGAUUGUGCUUCAACAAGAGAUAGGCUACUUGGACCUGUCCAAAGCAUCGUUCCCUCUUGGAAUGAAGAUGGGUGAUUCUGGUGCCACUUUUGACAAUAUCAACACAGCAUUUCUAGCUUCUCUUGCGUCACCUCAGGCAAUUAAAAACGGCCAACAGGAUACUUGGUCAAACAUCAAAGUGCCGAUGAUCGAGGACAUGCCAGGAUACAUUCCGUCAGGGGAUAAUUCAAGUGAUUGGAUAUCUCUCCCCGACCAUAUUCCCAACGCACAAUAUUCUUCUCUCAUUGGGAUUCCUACAGCCAACGUCCCAGAUACUGGCAUUACUUCAUUCACAAUGGAAACAUCCUACUGGACUGUACAAUGUCCGGAACUGGGGUACUCAAAGGAUUAUGAUGAUGAAUAUUGGGUAAAUAAAACCACAAUUCCAACCUUCAGUGGAACUUCUCUGUCGGUGAUCUCAAAUUUGACCAUGAAUGAUGGUUCGUCCGCACAAGGUGUACGAAGUGUGUGGGGUUGGAUUCUUUCAGUUACGGGCAGCGAUGAUCUGAAAAAGCGCUGUGAGUCGAAGCCUGGUGAGGAUGUCCCUCUACGAAAAGUCUUUUACCGCAGCGAAAAUAUAGGUAGUGACUCCGACCUAAAUCCCACCGCAGUUAAUUGUAGCUUAGCAACGACCUACGUCGAGAUAUCUGUUCAAUGUACAGGGUGGGAAUGCAAACUUGAUCGAAUAAGGAAGUCACAAAAUAGUGCGAACCGUCGAGCUAACGCAUGGACUACACUCGAUCCAUGCCCUGAAGAUGAUUUUGAACAGAUGUCUAGCCAGUUUCUAUCACAUUUAGUGGAGGCGGCUGAUUACCAACGGCACAGGAGUGGAAUGCCUGGGGUGCUACAGAAUUAUAUACAGUCCCCCGCCGCCCCUUUCACCACAGACAACUAUGAAAUGGACCUCACAAAUGUUGGGAAUAUUACGUUUUCUGUACGGCUCGCUCAACUGCUGAACAGCUACUGGGCCGCCGUCUAUGGAUACAGCAUCACAUUCGAAGGCCAUCCCCAAAAAUUCCCUAACAUUACAAGUUAUGGUUUUUACGCGCACGACCCAUUUACGUAUGUGGACGGGAAAUACAAGCGAACUGAUAUUAGGUUUAUUUAUAAUCGAGGCUGGAUGGCAAUACUGAUCAUUUCUACAAGUGUCAUGUUCGCAGCCGGUAUUGCAAAACUAUUACUAGACUUGAACAUCUGGAUACCUGAUCUCCUCAUGAACGUAUCAACAUUAUUACGAGGAAAUGGAUACAACUGUCCCAGUCUUCCAUAUGGAGGGUCUACCUUGGAAGAUAGUGAGAGGUCGAGGCACUUACGUGACCGGAUGGUCAGGUUUGGAAAUAUCUUGACAGAGGAUGGCCAUGCGGGUGAGCUCGGCAUAGGGGAGGCCUUAGAAGCCGAAGGUAUGGUUACAAAAGUCAAGGGUGACAUGAAAUAUUGGUAG